GUCCUCCCCGCCCCUCCGCGCCCGGGGUGUCAUUGGACGGGGGAGAAGCGAGCCAACUUCUGGCUGCUUGGAGGAAGCCGGUGCAGUCACCUGGGUGCGAGAGCCUUGCUGCCUCGGGCUCUCCCGCUGCAGGGGGAGCGGCACUCGCUGGCCUGGAUGUGGUUGGAUUUAGGGGGGCUCCGCAGCAGGAGUGUCGUUGCGUUGGCGAGUGCUGCAACAGGUAGACGCGGAGACGGACCCCGGCCGAGGCAGCUAUGGAGACCAAAGGCUACCACAGUGUCCCCGACGGUCUAGAUAUGGAAAGACGGUGGGGCCAAGUUUCUCAGGCUGUGGACCGUUCUUCCCUGGGACCCACAGAGAGGACCGAUGAGACUAACUACAUGGAGGUUGUCAAUGUAAGCUGUGUUUCCGGUGCUAUUCCAAACAACAGUACUCAAGGAAGCAGCAAAGAAAAACACGAACUACUCCCUUGCCUUCAGCAAGAUAACAAUCGGUCUGGGAUUUUAACAUCCGAUGUCAAAACCGAGCUGGAGUCCAAGGAGCUCUCCGCGACUGUCGCCGAGUCCAUGGGUUUGUACAUGGACUCCAUCAGAGAGGCCGACUACCCCUACGAUCAGCAGAACCAACAAGGAAGCCUGAGUCCAGCGAAGAUUUAUCAGAACGUUGAACAGCUGGUAAAAUUCUACAAAGAAAACGGCCAUUGUCCUUCCGCGCUAGGUAUGAGCAGGCCCUUGAGAUCAUUUAUGGCUGACUCGGGGAGCUCUGUAAAUGGGGGGGUCAUGCGCACCAUAGUUAAAAGCCCUAUCGUGUGUCACGAGAAGAGCUCAUCCGUGUGCAGCCCGCUGAACCUGACGUCCUCCGUGUGCAGCCCUGCUGGAAUUAGCUCUGUGUCCUCCACCUCGGCCAGCUUUGGCAGUUUCACAGUGCACAGCCCUGUCACCCAGGGGACUCCCUUGACGUGCUCCCCAAAUAUUGAGAGCCGAGGUUCCAGGUCACACAGCCCAGCACAUGCCAGCAAUGUGGGCUCCCCUCUCUCAAGUCCAUUAAGCAGCAUGAAAUCCCCAAUUUCCAGCCCUCCAAGCCACUGCAGUGUAAAAUCUCCAGUCUCCAGUCCCAACGUGACUCUGCGAUCCGCCGUGCCCAGCCCGGCAAAUAUCAACAACUCAAGGUGCUCUGUUUCCAGCCCUUCCAACACGAAUAACAGAUCCACACUUUCCAGCCCCACUGCUAGCACUGUGGGAUCCAUCUGUAGCCCCGUAAACAGCGCCUUCAGCUACGCUGCUUCUGGCACCCCCGUGGGAUCCAGCGUGGCCCGAGACGUGGCUCCCAGCCCAGACACACACGAGAAAGGUGCUCAUGAGGCCCCCUUUCCCAAGACUGAGGAAGUGGAGAAUGCCAUCUCCAACGGUGUCACUGGCCAGCUUAACAUCGUCCAGUAUAUAAAACCAGAGCCAGAUGGAGUUUUUAGCAGCUCCUGUCUAAAAGGAAACAGCAAAAUAAAUUCCGAUUCCCCAUUCUCAGUACCAAUCAAACAAGAAGCAACCAAGCAUUCGUGUUCAGGCACCUCUUUCAAAGGGACUCCGACAGUAAACCCGUUUCCACUGAUGGACAGCUCAUAUUUUUCCUUUAUGGAUGAUAAAGACUAUUAUUCUCUAUCAGGAAUUUUAGGACCACCUGUACCCGGCUUUGAUGGUAGCUGUGAAGGCAGUGGCUUCCCAAUGGGGAUUAAACAAGAACCAGAGGAUGGGGGCUAUUUUCCUGAGGCCAGCAUCCCUUCAUCUGCCAUCGUUGGUGUGAAUUCGGGUGGACAGUCCUUUCACUACAGGAUUGGUGCUCAAGGUACAAUAUCUUUGUCACGAGCGGCGAGAGACCAGUCUUUCCAACACCUGAGCUCCUUUCCUCCUGUCAAUGCACUGGUGGAGUCGUGGAAGUCACACAGUGACCUGUCGUCGAGAAGAGGCGAUGGGUAUCCAGUCCUAGAGUACAUUCCAGAAAACGUAUCAAGCUCUACUUUACGAAGUGUUUCUACUGGAUCCUCAAGACCUUCCAAAAUAUGUUUGGUGUGUGGGGAUGAGGCUUCAGGAUGUCAUUAUGGGGUAGUAACCUGUGGCAGCUGCAAGGUGUUCUUCAAAAGAGCAGUGGAAGGUAAAUGUUCAUGGCAACACAACUAUUUAUGUGCCGGAAGAAAUGAUUGCAUCAUUGACAAGAUUCGGCGGAAGAAUUGUCCUGCCUGCAGACUUCAAAAAUGUCUCCAAGCCGGAAUGAAUUUAGGAGCCCGGAAGUCCAAGAAGCUGGGAAAGUUAAAAGGGAUUCACGAGGAGCAGCCGCAGCAGCAGCCCCCGCCCCCACCCCCGCCGCCCCAGAGCCCCGAGGAGGGGACAACCUACAUCGCGCCCGCUAAAGAGCCCUCCGUCAACACAGCGCUGGUGCCCCAGCUGUCCGCCGUCUCCCGGGCCCUCACGCCUUCCCCCGCUCUGGUCCUGGAGAACAUCGAGCCCGAGGUCGUGUACGCGGGCUACGACAACUCCAAGCCCGACACGGCCGAAAACCUGCUGUCCACCCUGAACCGCCUGGCGGGCAAGCAGAUGAUCCAGGUCGUGAAGUGGGCAAAGGUAAUUCCAGGAUUUAAAACCUUGCCUCUCGAGGACCAAAUCACCCUGAUCCAGUAUUCGUGGAUGUGUCUCUCGUCAUUUGCCUUGAGCUGGAGGUCGUACAAACACACGAACAGCCAAUUUCUCUACUUCGCCCCAGACCUCGUCUUCAAUGAAGAGAGGAUGCACCAGUCCGCCAUGUAUGAGCUCUGCCAGGCGAUGCACCAGAUCAGCCUCCAGUUCGUCCGGCUGCAGCUCACCUUUGAAGAGUACUCCGUCAUGAAGGUCCUGCUGCUGCUGAGCACGAUUCCAAAGGACGGCCUCAGAGGCCAAGCCGCGUUUGAAGAAAUGAGGACGAACUACAUCAAAGAGCUGAGGAAGAUGGUGACCAAGUGUCCCAACAACUCUGGGCAGAGCUGGCAGAGGUUCUACCAGCUGACCAAGCUCCUGGACUCCAUGCACGAUCUGGGGAGCGACCUGCUGGAGUUCUGCUUCUACACCUUCCGAGAGUCCCAGGCCCUGAAAGUGGAGUUCCCCGCGAUGCUGGUGGAGAUCAUCAGCGACCAGCUGCCGAAGGUGGAAUCCGGGAACGCCAAGACCCUCUACUUCCACAGGAAGUGACGGACCCGUCCCAGCAGAACUUUGCCUUAAGUUUCCCUGUGUUAGUCGACACCCACGAAGGACCCGAGAAAUCAUAUUUUUCACAUGGGACGGUUGAUUCACACUCAUUCAGCAGUUUUUCACUGUAAAGUCAUGUCAAGGGUUUGGAGCCAGGGAAGCACUCAGAUGUGAAUUUGGCGAGACCCAGACAGCCGAAAAGAAAGGACUCUUCCCUCUCCGGUCCCCAGCGCUUAGAAACACGUUCCCGAUCCUCUGGAUGAAAAGCCAUAUCUAGUCAAUAACUCUCUGAUUUUGAUAUUUUAACAGACGGAAGUUUUAACUAUGCCAUGUAGUUUCUGGUAUCGUUCGCUUGUUUUAAAAGGGUUCAAGGACUAACGAACUUUUUAAAGCUUACCCUUGGUUUGCACAUAAAACGUAUAGUCUAUAUGGGGCAUUAAUAUUCUUUUGUUAUUUAAAAAACAAAAAAGAAAAAAAUCUAUACAGAUUCCUGCUGUGUAAUAACAGAGCACGUGGUGUGGAACAGCGCCCCCUCUGGCUGGCAUUCGCCCACGUUCCUCUGCACCAUGGGCAUCCACACCUUUAGGUCUGUUUGUUAAUUAGGAUGGAUAAGAUGUUAAAACAAAUGCCUUGGUUUCAAUUUCUAGUAUCUAUUGUGUUGGCUUUACAAAUAAUUUUUUUGCAGUCUUUUGCUGUGCUGUACAUUACUGUAUGUAUAAAUUGUGAAGGACCUGAGUUAUAUAAGGUAUAAGGAACUUUUGUAAAUGAGACAAAAAAAAAAAAACAGUGGUUAAUAGGAAGAAUGGGAAGUAUUUUUGAAAGAAUUCUAUUUUGCUGGAGACUAUUUAAGUACUAUCUUUGUCUAAACAAGGUAAAAAAAAUUUUUUGUAAAGUGAAAUGUUCUGCAUGCCUAAUGAACCGUUUACAGUGUAUUUAAGAAAGGGAAAGCUGUGCCUUUUUUAGCUUCAUAUCUGAUUUACCAUUUUACAGUCCCUGUUGUAAAUAACCACGUGGAAUCCUCCUGGGUGGUCUUCAAGCCUUUCUACUUUUCCUGUGCAUUUGUUUUGUCCUUGGUCUCCCGCACGGGGUGUUCGAGGGACUUGAGCGUCUGUUCUGGCUCCUGCUUUGCCCUACUGCUUUCAGGGAACCACUGGCCGUGGUACCUGGGCACUGGAAGGCGCCCCCUCACAACACACACGCAGGAGGAAGCCCCGCGAGCACACAGCUCUUGAAUAGCCGGCUCUUCUCCACUGUCCUCCAGAAGCCGACUCAGCUGUAGGCGAGUAGAGACUGUGGAAACGCAAGGGCUCAGCGAGCAUAGUCUCUUCCCAUUUCAGAAAAAUGAAAUUUCCUCCUUUGGGAAAAAAAAUCCCAGGCACUCGCUACGCCUGUGAAAGGUGACAGCUCCCAGCUGGUCUCAGGAGAGGGGCUGGCUGCCCCCGGACCCAGCCUCGGGAACACGCGGGCCUUUGCGGGGCACUCUGGGACAAGGCAUGUGGGCGCGGGCAGAAGGGCGGCGUGGAGACCGCACAAUCGUUAGAGGGUUUUUACAUUUUUAAAAGGUAGGUUUUAACAAUACAUUUUAUACAGCAACAGUUUUGGGGGGAGAAAAACUACAGAUGAUAUAAGCAAGACAGUGGCACUAAAAUUUGUAAUCCAUUACUCUGUUUGGCACUGAGGCAGUGUAUGGCUUUUCUCUGCCCCACAUCGCAAAACAUCUAUCUCUUUGGGGGAGUGUAACAAUAGGAUCGCACUAAAUAAACUACUUUGAAUAGAGGCCAAAUUAAUCUUUUGGAAGUGAUGAUCAUCAUCACGCACUCAGUGAAACUGCAUUGUUUCCCAAGACCGAAAAGCUCUAGCUGGAGAAACCCACGGCCAGGGGAAGGCAGCGUCGGGAGCCACGCUUCUCUGCAGGGCUCACCCCGCAGGCAACGUGGCCUUGUCUUUCCAAAGGCACCAGCCCUGUGCCAGGGGGCACCUGUCAAAGGGGCACUCAGAGGGAGUCUUUCGUACAUAAUUUGCAAUUUCAGGAAUUUAAUUUAUAGGCAGGUCUUUAACUACAGCUAACUUACUUACAUGCACAGCAAUAGGAAAGCCACACUCGGAAGGGUAUAAAUACACAGCAUGCAGACUGGGAGUUUCUAGGGGGGGGAAAAAGGCGUACAUGAGCAGCUUCUCGCUCAGACGUGCUUUUCACAAAAUCAGAAUUUCGAUGUAACCGGGUUUGCGGUGGAGACGGUCUGCAUCAGCUUUUUCUAUUAACAAAGUUACUGGCUCUGUGUGUGUCUCCGGGUAACUUUGCUUGAUUAAACAGCAAAGCCAUAUUCUAAACUCACUGUUGAAUGCCUGUCCCAGUCCAAAUUGUCUGUCUGCUCUUAUUUUUUGUACCAUAUUUCUCCUAAAAAUCUUGGUUUGGUACAAUUCAUAAUUCACCGGAACUUCAUAUAAUUAAAAAAACACACUAAAUUAGUUUAAAAUGAAGCAAUUUAUAUCUUUAUGCAAAAACAUAUGUCUGUCUUUGCAAAGGACUGUAAGCAGAUUACAAUAAAUCCUUUACUUUAAUCA